AUGGCACCCAUCAAUGAUGUGAUAACUGUCAAGGAAACGAAUGAAAUCGGUGCGCCAACGGCUACAUACAUAUACUCCACGACUAGCGAUCCAACCCAAUUCCGUACCCCAGAUUCUUCUGGCGUUCGUCAUGAACGGCGGAGAGUCGAUAUUGUUCUGCCUUCACGAAAGGACUCAUCAUCGUAUCUCGCUUCGCUGCUCAAUGUUUUUCUACCGGUGGGAUACCCGCAUAGCGUCAGCGACGAUUAUCUAGAGUGA